AUGGAUCCCGCCACGUUCACGGAUCCUCAGCUCACUUUACCCGACAAGCUGGUGAUCAAAACUCUCAUCAGGGAUGGAUGCUUGGAUAGUGAAACCCACGGAGUGCUGAGGGGGACCCUUGAUGACAAGGGAGCAGCUGAGAAGCUGCACAACCUGAAUAAUGCCUCGCAUCCUGACUUCGAUCCAACUAUCUUCCAGCUAUGGGACAAUGAUGUGCUGCGGGAAAACCUCCCGGAAAGCAUACAGCGCUACAUUCUCCGCCCAUAUAUCAAUUGGGCGCAAGGGGUCGUGCGCUUUAAGACAGACGUCGUCAUGUUGACGCAUCUGCUCCUAUAUUUCACCACUAUCGUUCCAAGUGCGGUAUAUUUGUAUCAUCACUUUUCAUGGAUCCAUGGGGUCAUACACUGGGUUCUACAGCUAUGGUACUGUGGAGCUUUCACUCUGAUGAAGCAUCAGCACAUCCAUAUGAACGGGGUAUUAGCACCUAAAUAUCGACUUCUGGACAUGGCUUUCCCAUACAUCCUGGACCCUAUGCUAGGGCAUACAUGGAACUCCUACUUUUACCACCAUAUUAAGCACCACCACGUCGAAGGCAAUGGCCAGGAUGAUUUGAGCACGACCAUGUUCUACGACCGCGACAAUGUUUUUGAUUUUCUCUGCUAUGUAUGCCGCUUUGUGUUUCUGAUCUGGCUUGAACUUCCGCUGUAUUUCUGGGGGAAGGGACAGAUCGGGUAUGCCCUCAAGGCGGCAUUUUGGGAGCUGAGCAACUAUGCCUCUCUCUAUUUUCUCUACUCCCAGGUCAACUCCCGCGCCACUCUAUUUGUGUUUCUUCUCCCGCUCGCAGUCAUGCGGCUUGGUUUGAUGGUUGGAAAUUGGGGCCAGCACGCCUUUGUGGAUCCGGUAGAUCCAGACUCGGAUUUUCGUUCGAGCAUUACUUUGAUUGACGUCGCAAGCAAUCGCUUUUCAUUUAAUGAUGGAUAUCAUACCUCUCAUCAUUUGAACCCUCGUCGCCACUGGAGAGACCAUCCAGUUGCAUUUGUCAAACAGAAAGACCGCUAUGCUGAGGAAAGGGCCCUCGUGUUCCGCAACGUUGAUUAUAUCUUUAUCACCGUGAAUUUGCUUCGCAAAAACUACAUGCAUCUGGCCAAAUGCAUGAUUCCGAUCGGUGAUCAAGUUGAUUUGACUCUUGAGCAACGAGCGGAUUUGUUGCGCAGUCGGACUCGACGCUUCCAGAGAAAGACAGGAGGGGUUAGUAAGAACCGUGCGCAGAGAUCACCACUGGGUUUAAAGACAGUGUUUCAGCCUCUUACUGCCUGGAAGAAAUGGGCCCUGGCGGCCGAAUGA